CGUGUAGCGCUAGUUCUAGACACAGCCCACAUCAGACAGAGGCACAAACACCUUCCGUGCACGAAUGCAAGCAACAAGCCUCGCAUGAGUGUUUCCCUCCGACAGUAAAAUGAAGAUAGUGGCAUUCCUCCCAGCCUUGUGCAAGUUCUGCUAACCUCUCGACUCGCGCAGCUGUGGUAAUCGGCGAUCCAGAAGCUUAUUUUAAGCCAGUGCCAGUCUGCUCCAGAGUCUCCUGUUGCGCCCUAGUCUCUCCUAUAUAAGUGAGCCCAGGCGCUAGGUGUGCGACGAGACUGGUGGGGUGUGCAGGAUUGGGUCGGCUAUAUGACCAGCUUCAUUAGCAGGAUCGUCCGCUCACCGAUGGCCGUCGCCAGCUCACACAAGCGGCUGCGACGGCACAGUGUGAGCAUGGAAAGGACAAGAGGAGUCGGGGGUGGUUGCGGCUGCAGCUGCAGCGGCAGCGGCAGCAAGGUGGAGGCAGGACGUGGGGACGACACGAGGCUGGUAGUGAUCGUGGGCGCCACGGGCACGGGCAAGACCAAGCUGUCCAUCGACGCGGCCCAGGAGCUCGGCGGCGAGGUGGUGAACGCCGACAAGAUCCAGCUUUACGCCGGCCUCGACGUCACCACUAACAAGGUGAUGCCCGCCGACCGGCGUGGCGUGCCGCACCACCUCCUCGGCGCCAUCCGCGCCGACGCGGGGGAGCUCCCCGCCUCGUCCUUCCGUUCGCUGGCCGCCGCCACCGCGGCGUCCAUCGCCGCGCGCGGGCGCGUGCCGGUGGUGGCCGGCGGGUCCAACUCUCUCAUCCACGCCCUCCUCGCCUACCGGUUCGACCACGCCCCUCGCGACCCUUUCGCCGCCGGCGCCGCGGCCGGGUACAGGCCGGCGCUCAGGUUCCCGUGCUGCCUCCUCUGGGUCGAUGUCGACGAGGCCGUUCUCGACGAAUACCUCGACCGGCGCGUGGACGACAUGCUGGGCGAGGGCAUGGUGGAGGAGCUCCGCGGAUACUUCGCGACCACGUCGGCCUCCGAGCGGGCCUCGCACGCCGGGCUUUGCAAGGCCAUCGGCGUGCCGGAGAUCGGGGACUACUUCGCCGGCCGCAAGAGCCUCCACGAGGCGGUGGACGAGAUCAAGGAAAACACGCGGGUGCUCGCGGCGGCGCAGGUCGGCAAGAUCCGCCGUAUGGCGGACGGAUGGGGCUGGCCCGUGCGACGGCUCGACGCCACUCGUACCGUCCUAGCGCGGCUCGCCGGCGCGGGCCGAGAAGCCGAGGCCGCGGCGUGGGAGCGCGACGUCCGCGGUCCAGGCCUCGCCGCCAUGCGGCAGUUCCUUGGCAGCCAAGAACUGCCCGGACACGACGACGCCGAUGACGAGGACGAAUUUGUCGCGCGGAGGAGACGAUGCCGUGGCAUGGUGGGGUGAGCACUGAGCAGAGCAGCAAAAAAAGCUUGGAGCUUUUUUCUGGGUUCAAAUUUUUGUGAUAGGCCGCCGAUUUUGGAGGGCCCGGCGGCUGAUCAUAGAACACGGAGGCAGAGAAGACAAGAGUGAAGUUUUGGCCUUUGGAGGGGACUGUGAAUUCUUUCUCUCCCUGGAUAUGCAGAGGCUUCUUCCUUUUUUUCAUCUUUUUCAGCUAGCUAGUCCACCACUGUAAAAUACUACAGUGUAAUCUAGUACACCUUGUUCAAAUUUGAAAUAGUUUUGCUCUUUUGCUAACUGGUCAUCUUGGACAGUGUUCAGGACCAUGGGGUUUUUGUUCAGGCUAUAGCUUUUGUUUCUUUUCUGGCCCCUCCUCCUUUCCCUCUGUAUCAGAGUUGGCAUCUCUCAAGUCUGGAGCUGGACAUUGUCCUUUUUGA